AUGGCUUCUCCUAUUGUUGGAGAUAUUGUAUUGUUGAGGGAAGAGAUUGCAAAGCGAAAGAAAACCAUGGAAAUGAUCGACAUAGCUCAUACUCUUGCAAAGGAAGAGCAGUUGAUAAUAAUUAACCGUAAUCUAAUUCAUACAGAAAAUGCAGAUGUUGCUCAAAGAACUUUUCUCGUGAACGAGAGUUCCGUAAGCAACUACAAUGGCUUGUUUCAAAAGUACGAGGAAGCGACCAAACAACUUGAAAAAGAAAUAGAAGGUUACGAGACCGAGAUUGCUUCGUUGAAAGAAGAACUGUCCUCGCUGAAGACUGUCUAA